UCAGGGAUGCUCUUGCGCGGCUCCCUGGUCUUUGAGAGGUUCCCAUGGCGAUGUUGCACUGUUUAUCCCGGCAGUAUCACAUGAUACAGGCGCUGUUACAUUACCCGCGCCGUUUCUGUGACUCCGGGGUUUCGCAGCAACGCUUCCUAAAGCAAAAUGCACGGUCCGGGCCGGGUUGCUUAAACUUUCUGGCCCGGCGUUUGCAAGGUUUCAGUAUUGGAGAAGACACAAGCGCAGCCGGGGGUCUCUUUUAUUUCCUUCUCAGCGACGUUGCCUUGAAACUGCGCUGCAAAUAGAAGUGAAGAAUGAGCGCCGGCGACGCCAGCAUACUCUCCCUCUUGGCAGAGGUUCGCCGUCAACCGCUUAACAUCAAAAACACCAUGAAAAAUAUAUUUGUCACUCAACUGGGGGACCGAAGAGAUGAAGAUGAAGAUGUUAAAUAUAUUCCAAUCAUCAAAGAGCCCGCUGCGGAGAUCCUCGCAAGAGACUUUAGAACACCUCAAAGCACGUUAGUGCUGAAGAAAGAGGUGGAAGUUGACCAAGUUAAUGCUGAACUUGCAGAUAAAAGGGAAGAGUUCCUCCAACGCAUGGAUGCCCUCACCCAGAAGAGGGCAGAAUUUGAAAGAAAAGAGCACGCGAAUAAGGAAAGAGUUCUGAAGUUUGACAGGUUUAUCAAGGAAAAUGAGGCAAAGAGAUGUCGAGCCAUUAAAAAGCACCAGUUGGAAGUGAAAGAAAAUCGGAUGAAACAGCAGGAGCUGCAAGAUCUACUGAAGCAAUUUGAAGUGAUCAAAGCCAGGCAACAGAAACUGCAGAAAAGGGUGUCAAACAAUAAGGUGUAUGAAGAUUACCUCACGGAGGUUGUUGACAAUUUGCCUGAAAACUACUUGGACUAUGGCGUAGAAUCUCUGGUGAUGAGUAUCAUUCAAAAAUCUGAAACGCACCAGUCCACCAACGAGACGUUGAUAAUCAACCUGACCAGGUUGUCGGAUGAGUUGGAGCAGCAACAGCACAACUUGGAAGCUGUGCAUCAAGAAUAUGAUACUUCAAAACUUAUGAUGACUAGUCAGCUUUCACAACUCCGAAUGGAAUGCGAUGAAAUGAAGGAGAAGAACAAACGGAUGGAACAGAAGAUAAACCUGCACCGAGGCCAUUUUAUUCAACAGAGUGAAGAGGUUGGUGCUCUCUUGUUGGCUAUUAACAAUCUGGCAGAACAGUGCCAUGCCAAGCAUUAUGGGAUUCUGGAGGAGAUGAGUAUUUUGACAAAAUUGGACAUGGUGAAGGAAUUCAUCAUGGAAAAGAAAAGUAUUAGUCAAAUGGCAGUACACAUAAAUUCAACAACAAUCACUGGCAGCUCAGACCAAAUUCAGAACAAACCAGGAGUAACUAACUGGAUGAAACCACAGACCAAUACUCUACUUGUAAAUUCCAACAAAACAAUAGCCCAACAAAAGAAUAGAAAAAAGCAAACAAACUCCAAUGCACGAUGAGCAGUUUAAAUAUUUUUGUUUCAGAAGGGAAUCCAAUAUAUGCCAUUGAUCCGUAAGGACUGUUGAUGUGUCUAUUAGUGGAAGAAGCAACUAACAAUGGAAAGAGAUACAGAGUAAAAUAUAGAUGCUUUAUCUGAUUAUUGUCAGUAAUGAAGUAUUGUUGAUUGGCAUAAUAAAAAAACUUCCUUCUUCACAAAAAAUAAUUUAAAUAAUUUGGUCCAGUGCUCCAGUAACACGUUUUUUCAAUAAUAGUUCUUUGAUUACCACAUAACUGUUAGAUAAUAUGUUAAUGACUGGAACACAAUAGGCAAGUAAUGUUUAAUUCUGUGUUAGCUUAUUUGUUUCACAAUUGCAUGUAUUUGAAGAAAUAAUUUGAAGGCAAAGAUACGAUAAAACCAGUCUGAUGAUACAUACAAUCCCCCCCACUUUUCUCUUUAUCCUAUUGAAAAGCAAAAAAUAAAACUUUACUUCAAAAUCAA